GUCGGACAUCGUUUGGAUUACGUGUUGCCGUGUGCGAUUGUCGUUUCGUCCUCGCCGUCGUCGUCUCGCGCAGCGUUUGUCUCGCUUAAUAGAGUGGAUGUUUUUUUGGAUCUCUUGAUAAAGAUUCGAUUUCCGCCUCAUUUUCACAGUGUUUUUGCUUUUAAUUUUUAAUUUUUAAACAGUGUACGAAAAAUAGUGAUCGUCGUCCAGCCGUGCGUGAGUACAACAAUAAUAAUAUAAUUAACGUUAUCGAACAGAGGUGUAACGCACAUACACCGUCAUUGUUUUGUAAAUCUCAAACCGACCGUCGCUUUAAAUCAUUUCGUCACACUUUCACGCGCGUUUCGAUGCGCGUGGCGACGGCAGAGGUGAUUGGUCGGGCGGGCGUCACUCGUGUUGCCGACGUCGUGACGACGUCGGCGCCGUCACCACCGUCGUCCAGCGGCCACGCUCGGGCGACGGGUUACGUCGCGUGAUGGCCCGUCCGUGGCAGCUGUGGCUGGCGGCCGCGGUGCUGGCGGCCGCCAGCUCGACCGCGGUCCGAGCCGACGCUUGCCCAGACGCGUGCCAGUGCAAGUGGAAAGGUGGCAAGCAGAGUGUCGAGUGCCGCGACAAGUCGCUGAUCACGGUGCCAACGGGCAUUGAUGUAGCCACGCAGGUGCUGGACGUGUCCGGCAAUAACCUGCAGAUACUUCCGGGAAGUGCGUUCGCCCGGCUCGGGCUGCUCAACCUGCAGCGCGUGUACAUGUCCCGGUGCCGGAUCGGGCAGAUCGACGGCCGGGCGCUACGGGGCCUGACCAACGCCGUUGAGAUCGACCUGUCACGGAACAUGCUGACUGCGGUGCCUACGGCCACGUUGGCAGACGUGCCACUACUCCGGGACCUGUCACUCGCCGGCAACCCCAUACAGCGAGUAGGACCGGAAGCGUUCCGCCAGUGCACAGGUCUCGUCCGGUUGGACCUGUCCGGGUGUGAGCUGCAUGAGAUCGCGGCCAGUGCUUUCGUGGGCAUCGACCGGCUGGAGACGCUCAAGUUGGACAACAACCGGCUGACCGAGCUAAUGGCUGGCACUGUGGCCUCCCUGCACAAAGUGCAUGGAGUUGAGCUGCACGAAAACCCUUGGCAUUGUGACUGCCGGAUGAGGCCGGUCAAGGUAUGGCUGACCGACAACAAUGUGCCGACGGUCGUCGAUCCUGCGUGCGCAAGUGGCCCGGGCCGCGUGGCCAACCGCACGUUCUCCGCGCUGGCCGCCGACGAUUUUGCGUGUCAACCCGACAUCCUGCAGCAGGACGACCAAACCGUGCAGGCGGCCACCGGCGACAACGCGUCCGUCUCGUGCCGUGUCCACUCUUCACCGGCCGCCAAGGUGUCGUGGUAUUGGAACGGUCGGCCACUGGCCAACAACACAGCGUUCGGUCCAUUCCAGCGGGUGUUCAUGACCGAUGACCGGACGGCCACCGGUGGUGGAACCGGCCACAGCUCACUGCUGCUCACUAACGUUCAGCCUUCCGACUCGGGACAGUUCCUGUGCGUGGCCGAAAACCGGGCGGGUCGGGCUGAGGCUAACUUCACGCUGGUCGUCUCCCGGCUCGGUGGUCUCGCAUUCCUGGCCAACGGUCAGGUGGCCGGCCUUAGCGUGUUCCUGGUUUUCCUUAUCGUCACCAUACUGCUGGUCAUCGUUUACCUACUGGUCCGAAUCAAGCGGCUGCCGCCCUCGUCCACCCGGUCUGAUGGCAAGCCGCACCAGUUGGUCACCACCGCGGCGUCGGCGAUCAGAAACGGUACAGCCGCUGUAGUUGUGCAGGUCAAGCAGCCCGCGUCCGGUCCCGCCACAUCCCCGAUCACUACCACGGUCGUAUCAUCGAUGGCGGUCAAUGGCCCUUACGGAGGACUCGGCACCACGUUCGACCACGUUACGGCUGCAGAGCCUAUGGUCGGCGGGGUCAGGAGACCCGCAAAGCUCACCGAACUUCCGUUCGCCACCGAUCACUACGAGGCUUCUGGUUUCGGCCACAGUGGAGUGCUGGACGCCAGCCGGACCGUGCUGUACCGGAGCCAACCGUCCAACCCGGACCUGAUAGUGGACGCGCCCGAACAGCAGUCCCCUCAGUCUCAGCCACCCGGUGUCGUACACUCUCAGCACCAUCAGGAGGCCAGGAGGUCGGCGAGUGGUGAGUACAGGAGGACGGCCGACGAUUCGCUCUACUCGCCCGGUUUUUGGACGCAGUCGGACUCGGCGGCCAGCGAUCGGACGCCGAUCAUCGAGAAGUCACCGCCCCUGCCCGCGCAGUCGGUGGCGGCUAUCUGCAACGCCAGAGAAACGGUGAUGGUGGCCUCGGCGCCAGACCCGAAGGCGGCCAGUCUCAGGGUGUGGAAACACGGGGUGCAGGUGAUGCCGCCGCUGAGCGCGCUCAAGCGGGCACUGAACAAGGGGUCGCCGGACGAAGGAUACCAAGAAGGAUGCGGAACUGACGUUUGAUGUCGACCGACGCUCUUAAGAGAAAAACCAAGCUACUCAGGUCCACGUGCGAUUUCGUGGGCCGCAAACGACUGAUACGAACUUACAAACCGACAGGAUGUUAGGAUAACUACCUACCUACUGCAGUCGAAUGAUUCUCGAGCAUGAACAUUUAUAUUAUUAUGAUUUUUGUUUUUUUUUUUCAUAGUAUAAUUUUAUAAAUUUACUCGUUUUGUUGGUUUUAAAUUUAUUUUUAUUUAAGCCAACGGUACGCGGACUACCGGACCGGUCGCAAAGUUUCCGCCAGUGGAGAGAGGGCUGAACUCGUAUCCCCUUAUAAGCCCUAAAUGUUCUCGACCUAUCUUGUGAUAUAGGUAUAGUAGGUAUUAUAUUAUAUUAUUAUAACAGAAUACCGACUUGUUAUCAAAUUAUGUUGCUAUACAUUUACCUAGGUAUUAUUAUACUUGUUCGUAUGAUUAUAAUAUUAUAAUACCGGGUAUACCAUGUAUGGUAUACGUAUUUAUAAUAUAAUAUAUCCUAAAUAAUAAUAAUAAUAAUAUGUAACAUCCUUGAACUCACGAUUUUAGAGGGUUUCUAAAGCCACUACAGCGUGCGCGCCACAUGACCCAGUGGCGUAUUAAAACUUUGACGGAACUUUGCGGCCGUUCGACGCCCCGUUUCUUUAUUUUUUUUUUCUUAGUAAUAAUAACUGCGACGAAUUUUAAUUUAUCGUAUAUUGGCACACACAGUUCCUGUCGUAUAUAUAUGUUCAUACAUAUAUAUUAUAUAUAAUAGUUAUUUGAUAUUAUAUCGAUUGAUAGUGAAUCGAUUAUGAUAUUAUAAACAUUUUAUUGUUUGCAUGUAUCCCACGUUCCCACCUAUACCCCCUCCCCCCAUGAUGUGUGUUGUUUUGUAUGGGUUUAACCGUACGCGAAACACAGUUUAUACGGUUUUGUUUUGUUUUUUUCGUUUGUAAAAUUCUUCUAGCUUAUAUAUAUAUAU